AUGAAACCAGCGCCCGAGGAGGUAUUGAUCGAUUUUGACGGAGACCAUCCUCAUGACUGGCCAAAAAGUCGAAAAUGGAUGGUCGCAUUUUCUUUAACUAUUCCGCUGUUUCUAAUGCCACUUUCUUCUACGAUCACCACACCUGCGGUAACUACAAUUGCAUCUGAAUUUGAUGUCGAUUCAUCGAUCACGGGGCCAUUGGCACUCUCAUUAUUCCUGCUGAUGUACUGCCUCGGGCCAGUGCUGUUCGGCCCCUUAAGUGAGCUUUAUGGACGUAUACCAAUCCUACAGGGAGGGAAUAUGUUCUACUUGGCUUUCAAUCUUGCGGCCGGGUUCUCGAAUUCAAUGACCCAGCUGUUGGUUUUUCGACUUUUAAGUGGAGUUGGAGCUAGUACAUCGUUGGCUGUGGGAGCCAGCACCAUUGGCGAUGUCUUUGGCAAAGAAGAACGUGGGCUACCUGUGGCUUUGGUCAGCGUGGGCCCCGUUCUGGGAUCCUGUGUCGGCCCAAUUGUCGGUGGCUUUAUCACGGAAUACUCUUCCUGGCGCUGGUGCUUUUUUACAACGUCAAUCGCUGCAGGAGUUUCUCUGGUGGUGUGCUUUACAUUCUCCCGUGAGACAUAUGCGCCUACCCUACUGGAGCGCAAGAAGAGGAAAUGUAUCGCAGAGUUUGAAGAGGCUGAGAAAUCUGGAUCUCGGACCUUGAGAACCAAAUUUGACAGCGAAAAUGAAUCUCUCCAUCAGCGUUAUCGCCGAACACUGUUCCGCGCGAUAUAUUUCCUAGGCACCCAGCCUAUCGCCCAAUGCUUAGCCUGUUACUAUGGAUAUCUUUACGGAAUUAUUUAUCUCCUUCUAUCGAGCUUCUCGGAUCUCUGGACAGAAAAGUACCAAAUGGACCUUUCCAUUGGAACUUUGAAUUAUAUCGCGCCGUGUUGCGGCUACCUAGGAGGUGCGAUUAUUUGUGCUUUUCUUACCGACCCCAUCUAUCGUCGACAAGUCGCUCGGAAUAAUGGCGAAGAAAAGCCUGAGUAUCGGCUACCAAUGAUGGUGCCGGCGUCACUACUUGUACCGAUUGGCCUGUUUUGGUAUGGCUGGAGUGCGGAAUAUAAGACUCAUUGGAUUGUUCCUGAUAUUGGGAUUGCAUUACCACUCAUGGGAGCAACUAUUGUCUUCCAAUGUGUGAGCGCUUAUCUACUGGACACAUUCCCGCUCUACGCUGCCAGUGCUAAUGGCACGGUUUAUAUCCUCCGUGGCCUAACGGGCUUCGGUUUUCCUUUGUUCAGUCCAAAUAUGUAUGCAGCAUUGGGCUAUGGGUGGGGUAACAGCAUUUUGGCCUUCAUAGCUCUGUUCAUCGGUUGUCCGAUUCCAUUUAUUUUGUGGAAAUAUGGAGGAAGGCUUAGAGCAGCAAGCUCUUACGCGGACGUUGAUAGCUAA